AUGUGGCUUGGUCCAGUUGCAGUUGCAGGGUCGCUCCUCGCGACGAUUAGCCAUGUCGCCGCCCAAGAUCAAAAGCCGUUGGCAGAUGAAUCAGUAACCAAACCCGCUUUCACUGUCCGUGAACAAUCUUCUGACCUCUGCGAUGCGGGUGCUCGUCAAUUCACUGGCACGGUUAAUGUGACGGAGGAUAAGUCCAUGUUCUUCUGGUAUUUUGAGAGCCGUAAUAAUCCAGAGACUGACCCUUUGCUACUAUGGAUGAGCGGCGGACCUGGCGCAUCUGGAGAGAUGGGACUGUUCAUGGGCAGUGGCCCCUGUACUGUGAAUCCAGAUGGGAACUCAACAAGCCGCGCGGAAUACUCGUGGAUCGACCACGCCAACGUCGUUUACAUUGAUCAACCCGUCGGCGUCGGCUUCUCCAAAAUCACAGACCGAAACAAAAUCGCCGUCAGUCUUGAACAAGGCGCAAAAGAUGUACACACCUUCCUCUCCACAUUCUCCCACGACGUGUUUCCCAACCUCGCUGGAAAACCAUGGCACAUCACAGGUGAAUCCAUGGGCGGCCACUACGUCACCGGUUACACGAAACAUAUCGUCUCUCACGAACGGGAAAACGCAGAGCGCGGGAUCAAACCUCGGGUCGAAAUCUCAUCUGCGAUUAUUGUUGAUGGGUAUAUUGACGCGACGCAGCAGUUUAUCGGAUAUUAUACCUUCUUUUGUGAGAAUUGGGCUGGCGAUGGACGGAAAUAUCCUUUGAUGAACCGCACGGCCUGUAAGAAUAUGUUUGAUGCGAUACCCGAGUGUCAGAAAUUGGGCAGUCAGUGUCGGUAUUUUUAUGAUAUUGAGACUUGUAAGGCGGCGAAUGAGGUCUGUGAGGAGAUGUUGGGGGAGUACUUUAUGGAAGGUGUCGUACCCGGUGGAUGGGAUCCUUAUGACAACCGACACCCGUGUGAGAAGCCUCCUUUGUGCUCGAAUAUGGACCACGGACCGGAAUGGAAGUUCUUGAAUCGCCAAUGGGUCCAAGAGAGACUUGGAUUCGACCACUUUCCAUUUUCUCUCAUUGACUUGGAUACCAAUGAGCGCUGGGAUAUGGCGCAGAAUAUUCAUAUACCUGUUACAAGGGAGUUGACGUGGAUUCUUGAUGAAACAAGUAUACGAGUCCUAUUCAUCAAUGGAAACAAUGAUAUCAUCAUCAAUACCCCCGGACAGAUGCGUAUGCUGAACCAACAGCGAUGGAACGGACAGGAUAAUUACCGGGAACUUGGCUAUGAGUCCUGGUAUUACAAGGACGGCGAAUUAACUUCUGAUGCUGAUGGAUGGAAUGUUAAGGAGGGAGGUUUCUGGAAGGGGAAUGACCAGUUGAGGUUCUAUGCUGUUGAUGAAGCGGGACAUAUGUCUCCUUAUCACCAGCCCGAAGCCAUUGGAGCGAUCGUUCGAGCAUGGCUUCGCAACGACUGA